UGAAGAUGGCGGACUUGAGGAAACUCGGAUUUAUUGGAACCAUUGGGGAUGAAGACGAAAUAAAAGUUGAACCCGAAAGUUCUGAUAGUGAUAACGAAGAAUCUCAAACAGCGAAGAAACAGAAGAAGAAAAAGCCAAAGAAAACUGAUAAUGAAUUCAAUGCCAAGUUUUCUUUCACAGAUCAGUUUGACCCAACUGCCAGCUUUGACUUUGAUUUUGCACUUCGGCAUGCUAAAAGGAAGCAACAUGCAACAACUCUUGAUGAAAAGAUAGCGAAAGUCAGAAAACAACAGAAAAGGGGAGACAAGUUUGAAGUGAUUGAAAGUGAUGAUGAUUUAAUAGAGGAGGAGGAGGAUGAAAGUUCAGAUGAGGAAAUGAGGACAGACAAAAUCAAAACAAAAGAAACUAAAAAGAAGAAAGGCAAGAAGAAGAAAGUGGAUUCUGACAGUGAGGAGGAAAAAGAGAAAGUUGAGUUUUCAGAGACAGUGGAUUCUUAUGAUGACAAGUUGACGUUUCAAGAUAUGAAUGUUUCUCGACCUCUAAUGAAGGGCCUGGGACAGAUGAACUUUACUAAGCCGACACCAAUCCAGGCGGCCACUAUUCCGAUCGCUCUUCUGGGUCGAGACCUUUGCGCCUGUGCUGUGACUGGUUCAGGUAAGACAGUUGCAUUCAUGCUGCCCAUCCUGGAGCGAUUGAUGUACAGGACACAGCAAGAGGCUGCUACCAGAGUUCUGGUUCUGGUUCCAACGAGAGAGUUAGCAGUUCAGGUUCACACCGUAGCCAGGCAGUUAGCUCAGUACACCAACAUUGAGACCGUAUUAUCAGCUGGUGGAUUGGAUAUCAAAGCACAGGAGGCAGCUCUACGCAUGAAACCAGAUAUCGUCAUAGCAACCCCUGGCAGACUUAUUGACCAUUUGCACAAUUCUCCAAAUUUCUCUCUCAGAAACAUUGAAAUUCUGGUGCUGGAUGAGGCUGACAGAAUGUUGGAUGAGUACUUUGCGGAGCAGAUGAACGAGAUCAUUCGUCAGUGUGCCCAGACCAGACAGACCAUGCUGUUCUCAGCCACAAUGUCAGAGGCCGUGCAGGACCUAGCCUCGGUGUCGCUGAAACAGCCAGUCAAAAUCUUCGUCAACCAGAAUACUGACGUAGCCCUGGGGCUCAGGCAGGAGUUUAUCCGGAUACGGCCCAACAGAGAGGGAGACAGGGAGGCAAUCAUAGCAUCACUAGUCAGCCGUACCUUCAGAGACCACUGCAUUGUGUUCAUACAGACAAAAAAGCAGGCCCACAGAAUGCACAUAAUCUUAGGACUGCUGGGUGUCAAUGUCGGGGAAUUACAUGGCAAUCUAUCCCAGGCUCAGAGAUUGGAAACCUUAAAGAGGUUUAAGCAGGCAGAUGUAGAUGUGUUGUUGGCCACAGACCUGGCAGCAAGAGGACUUGACAUUGAAGGAGUCAAAACUGUGAUAAACUUUACCAUGCCUAACACAAUAAAACAUUACGUCCAUAGAGUCGGUAGAACUGCUAGAGCAGGAAAGAAAGGGAGAUCAGUGACCCUGGUUGGAGAACAAGAGAGAAAACUGCUGAAGGAGGUGGUCAAAAAAGCUAGGACUCCGCUCAAAACCAGGAUCGUGCCUCAAGAGGUGAUAUCAAAGUACAGAGAUAAAAUCAGCAAAUUGGAGAAGGACUUGGAAGAAAUAGAAACACAGGAAAAAGAGGAGUCCUAUCUAAGAGCAACAGAGAACCAGAUGAAUAAGGCCAAGAAGUUACUGGAGAGAGAGAAAAAUGGAAUGGAUGACCAGAAAAGAUCCUGGUUCCAAACCCACAAAGAGAGAAUGCAGGAAAAGGAGGCAUUACGGCUGGGAGAGUUCACCAAAUUACCCAAAAAUAAGAAGGCCAAUAACAAGGAGAAAAAGAAGGCUCUCACGUCAGAGGAUAGAGUGAACCUUGAAAUUCAGAAGUCUCAUGAGUAUGCUGUACGUAGCAGUAAAAAGGCCUUCAAGCAAAAAAAGAUCAGAGUUUUCAAAGAUGAGGACUUCACUAACAAUAAACAGCAAAACAAGAAAGCAAAGAAGAGGAAAUCUGCUUUUGAUCAGGAACUGACAAAUACAGGAAAGAGUGCUGUAAAGAAAUUCAGAUCGGGACCUUCGUUUAAAGAAAAGAAAGAACUUGGAUUAUUGGGUAAAAAGAGGGGCAAAAAACCAGUAGGGGCAAAGAAAGGCAAAAAAAGGUGACGCUUGUAAAGAACUGAAUAUUGUUUAUGAUGUUAUAAAAAUAAAAAUGAAUUAUGAAUAAGAACUUUCCUUCUUUCUUACUGUCUAUGGUCUUACACAUGGUGGAAUUGAAUUAAAGAACCCAUAAGCAGAA